CAGCAACCACCAACCAAAGAUAACACCCAGCACCACCAAACAUGGCAGAGCCACCACGACCACCAGCAGCGCCCACAACGACGACCACGGCUCCGUCAUCAGCGAUGCCGCAUGGAGCGCCGCCGCCACGUCCACCCGGCUCCAUGCCGGCGCAAUCCCCGGGUAUGCCGCCUCCAACGAGGCCAAUGCCACCGGUUUCGACGCCAAGAACAGCAGCAGCCACGCCACACACCAUGCCGCGCAUGCCCGGUAUGCCGCCGACAUUGGCGUCGCCUGCGCCUGGCGGCAUGCCUCGAUUCCCUCAUACACCCACGCCAGGUAGGGGCAUGUACCCACGCACAGGCCACCCGCCGCCACCGUCACCGCACGUGGCCUCGUCUCCGCGAACACCGGGCAUGACAUCGGCACGUCGCUACACGUACAAGGACUUUGAGGCACAGCUCUUGCAGGCCCUCAAGAAGCCCAAGUCCGGACCAAUGACUCGCUUUGGCAAAAGCAUUUUCCACCUCGCUGCGCAAGAUCUGAAGAGUGUGGAUGAUAUUGCCAAGUAUCUACAGGCGCAACAGGCUGCAAAGGUGUCCACACCAGCGCCCCAGGGCACAACAGCACCGCCAAAGCUGCCCACGAAGCCAACAAAACAGAGCACACCAUCAUCAUCAGCGUCAACCACGGCAGCAGCAGGGGCAGGCGGGAAGGCGGGUGGGAAGCGUAGGGCAUCGGCAACUGCUGGCGAUGGGGAUGAGAAGCGAGCGAAGAAAACGCCGGGGAAACGCCCCAUUGGCCGCCCGCGCAAACCAGGAGCAAAGACGCCGGCAAAACCGCGAGCAAAACCGAAGAAACCUGGCGCGAAAAAGAAGGAGGAGGACAAGGACGAAGAGAAAGAUCUGUUGGAUGUGGCCGGCGUGAACGAGGAUGAGGAGGAGCAGAACUUGCUGUCGCACCAGCAGUUGAUUGGACAACACAUGCGCAGGGACCGUGUGGACCGGCUGCUGUUUGGGGACGCGGACCUGCAGCCGUACAUCGACCGCCUGGUGCCGGCCGUCCUCGGCGACGCAGCGCAGGUGGAGGCGUCGGUCAUCACUGCGCUCGCCCUCGCCCUGCAGGAGUACCUGCUCGAUCUCCUCUCGAAGGCAAGGCGACGCGCCCGCAGAUCCGUCAAGGUUCCUGCUGCGUGGCGCCCGCUGCAGCACGCGUUGAUGGAGGGCGCCAUGCUCGACACGGACGUCCUGGCCGCAGGCGAGCUCAUGCACCUGCAACAGCAGUGCCGCGAUGGGCAGCAGGCGCAGUCGUUGCCUGCAGGCAACGGAACGACAGCCAACGCCCCCAGCGGCAACAUGAACUAUGACAGCAGCAGCAGCAGCAGCGGUAGUGGAGGCGGCACAGCAAUGCAGAAUGGCGCGCGGGCGAACGGAACCACACAUGGCCACACGACAACCACACCUGCUGCAACAGCAGAUACGACCGCUACCAGCACGGGCAGGGGCAGUGGCGGCGAGGAUGUGGUCGUGAACAGCCAUGGGCGGGCGCUCGUGCGGACGGGGGUGAUACGCGAGGGCCACGUGCGUGCGCUGUGCAUGAGGCACAUCUCGCACUCGCGUGCGCGGUUCAUGUUCAGGCACCUCAUGGGGCUGUCGUCAAACAGAGGCGCGCAUCAGCCGAGGUGACGUGCGAUGGAAUGGGUUGUGCUACACGUGUGCUGGUGGGAUUGUGUUGCGUGGUGUGGGGCUAACGAUAUGGGUUGGUGCACAGGUGAUGGACUACGAACAUG